AUGAAUUCGAGGACGAAUGCCCAACUCGAUCUCUCGGCCUCUUCCUUCCCUAGUUUAAACAAUGCUGGCCUACAGUCGCAGAAUCACGCUGUCGGCUCUAGUGCCUGGCAGACUGGCCCUCCACAGAAUGAGCAAGGCCAGCGACAACAACUACAAUCAUCACGACCCCUUGUUCCAUCACGACAACAACAGCAGCAGCAGCCACAGCCCACAAGCACGAAUCGUGGUGACGGAAUGUAUCCUACCGAUACCUACUCACGAAAUGCGCCUAUGGAGUUUCCAUCUGAAACUUCACAGCCGAUACGCCGUGCCAAUCAAAUAGCCAGUGGACCGCCAGGACUGGUGCAGCGGCCACCGAACCAGCAGAACGAUGGUGUCUCUCGUGACAUGAGCAGAGUUACAUCUCCUUCGGGACAAACACAGAUCUCUCGGUCACCUAUGCUGCAGAGUCUGAAUGCUGUGAUAGGCCAAGAUAGAUUCUUAGAGCAGGACACGAGAUUUCAGAACAAGGACUACUCACAAGAUUCCCCAUCGCAAUCAUUAGCAUUGCAAACAAGGGACAUUUUCUCCGACCGAGAGUCCGGUGCCCGACCAGAUCAAACCAUGGACUCCAUCUUUGCCGGCAUGACUGAACGAGAAAAGUUCGGCAUGAAGGGGUACGUUGCUGAGCAGGAAAAUGCAAGUCCAGCGGGGAGAAGUAUCAUGCGUGGAGUGGAUCUGUCGACGCUGGGCAUCAACAUGAGCUCUCAGGAGCCGUUGCUGGCCACAUACCCUGGCCCCUGGGCUGAACCAAAUGCUCAACCGUUGCGACCACUGGACUCGGAAUACAGCAUACCGGAUUGCUACACGGUCAAGAAGAUUGCACCGCUGGCGAGCCGCAUCAAUGGGUUCAUGGACGAAACUCUUUUCUUCAUUUUCUACACGAUGCCGCGGGACUACACGCAGAUGCUGGUGGCUCAGGAAUUGGUGGCGAGGAAGUGGCGAUAUCACAUGAGAGAGAAGCAAUGGCUGACACGAGACGACGCAUCGCCCAGUCCGGUGCUGUUAGAUGACAAAGUCAGUGAACAAGGCUAUUACAUCUGGUGGGAUACCAAACUGUGGAAGAAAGUACGGCGAAUCUACACGUUGAGGUACGAGGACCUGGAAGAACAACCGAGUAUGGGCAAUCGGACCAUGCAUGCCGGAGCCAUGGGUGCAAUGGCCGGAAGCGUCAUGAACGGGGGAAUGGGAGUUGGUAAUUUCAACGCCGUACCCAGUCUGGAGCGGAUGGCAGCUAGUGGGAGAGGGUUCUGA